AUGAGGGAGCAUCCGGGAAGAUGGCUGUACGUUGUGCUGCCGUUGAUCACGUUCCAUUCGCAUCAGACCGAGUGUGCGGUGAAGAACGGCGGAGCGGUGGUGGAGCACCAUCAGUCUUCGUACUGGGAGCAACCCUUUAGCCAGCCAUACUUCGACAACACGACGAGGAGGGAUACCACGACGACCGUCGGGCAGACCGCUCACCUGCACUGCAGGGUGCGCAAUCUUGGCGAUCGUGCUGUUUCGUGGAUUCGGAAACGAGAUUUGCACAUCCUCACCGUAGGAAUCUUAACGUACACGAACGACCAGCGUUUCCAGUCGCUGCACAGUGACGGAAGUGACGAAUGGACCUUGAAGAUUACUUCCCCACAGGUCCGAGACAGUGGAAUAUACGAGUGCCAGGUCUCAACUGAACCGAAAAUUAGCCAGGCUUUCAACUUGAGCGUCGUAGUGUCGAAGGCAAAGAUCAACGGCAAUUCAGAGCUGCACAUCAAAAGCGGAAGCGACAUCAAUCUAACCUGCGUCGUACUGCAGACACCUGAGCCACCGUCCUUCAUUUACUGGUAUAAAGGUGACCACGUGAUAAAUUACAGCCAAAGGGGAGGCAUCAGCGUAGUCACUGAAAAACAAACGCGAACAUCGCGCCUCUUGAUCUCCAGAGCGUUACCUGCUGAUUCUGGAAAUUACACAUGUGCCCCAUCUUCGGCCGAGUCAGCCAGUGUCCUAGUCCACGUACUCAAUGGGGAGCAUCCCGCGGCGAUGCAGCAUGGGAAUUCGAGCAACAGCGGCGCGGCGACGAGAACGCUCGCGUUGCUCCUGUUGCUUCUGCACGCCGGUUCGUUCACGAGGUGA